AUGAACCGUGGCGGCGAUCGCUCGGGUGGCCCCUCCAACGGCGGAGACCGCUCUGGAGCCCGGUUCCAGCGGGGUCCCUCCCGCUGGUCCGGCAGCGGCGGCGGCGGAUUAGGGGGUAGCCCACCCCAUCGCUACUCCUCCCGCGGCGCGGCAGAUGGCGGUGGUGGAGGGGGCGGGGGCGGGGGCGGGGGCGGUGGCGGGAGGUUCCACCCCUACCGUGGUUCUUCCGACUAUUCUAGCGGCGGUGGAGGGUACAGAGGCGGUGGUGGCGGCGGGAACGACUUCGGCGAGCAGAGGCAACGCUAUGGCGGCGGCAACAGAGGCGGAGGCCGUGGGGAUUUCCAAGAUCAUGAUAGUAGAAGUAACUAUGUCAAACUUUUUGUCGGAUCUGUUCCAAGGACAGCAACUGAAGAAGACGUUCGGCCUUUAUUUGAGGAACAUGGAGAUGUUCUUGAAGUUGCUUUAAUUAAGGAUAGGAAGACUGGUGAACAACAAGGUUGUUGUUUUGUUAAAUAUGCUACUUCUGAAGAGGCAGAGAGGGCCAUCAGGGGUCUGCACAAUCAGUACACUUUACCUGGAGCGAUGGGCCCUAUUCAAGUUAGAUAUGCUGAUGGUGAAAGGGAACGGCAUGGGGCCACCGAGCACAAAUUAUUUGUCGCGUCCCUCAAUAAGCAAGCAACUCCAAAGGAGAUUGAAGAGAUAUUUGCCCCAUAUGGUCAUGUGGAAGAUGUUUACAUUAUGAGAGAUGGCAUGAGGCAGAGCCGAGGCUGUGGCUUUGUCAAAUUCUCGUCAAAAGAGUCAGCAGUGGAAGCUAUGAAUGCCCUUAAUGGGACUUACAUAAUGAGGGGGUGCGAGCAACCAUUAGUCAUUAGAUUUGCUGAUCCUAAGAGGCCUAGACCUGCAGAAUUGAGGGGUGGCCCUGCAUUUGGAGGUCCUGGUUUCAGUCCUCGAUCGGAUGCAGCACUUGUUAUCAGGCCAACAGCCAAUCUUGAUGAAUCAAGGGGUCGGCAUAUGCCUCCUGAAUCUUGGCAUCCAUCAAGUCCAAGGUCAAUGGCACCCAACCAAUAUAAUAAUUUUGGAUCUGACAAUCCCUUGGCACUAAGUGGUGGCACUGUAACAUCAGCAGAUAAUGCUGCUUUUCGGCCUCCGAUGUUCCCUGGAAAUGGUUCCUUGUCAAAUCAGACAGCUGUGCUGACUUCGUCACACAUGGGCAUGAACGCUCCCAUGGUACAAGGGCACCAUCUAGGAGGCCAACAGAUCCCAACCUUGCAAAAGCCACCUGGUCCACCACAGAAUUUCCCUGUACAACUGCAGAAUGCUCAGCCAGGACAGCCUCUGCAGGGGCCUGUUCCGCAGAUUGGGCAACUUCAGGUCCCACAAUCCACGGGACCUGUUUCAUUUGGCCAGAAUAUUUCAUCUAUGCAAUUACCUGGCCAACCUCCUGCAUCACAGCCGUUGAUGCAACAGAAUGCUUCUCUAGGUGCUUUACAGGCCCCUCCAUCUGUACAGUCCAAUUCAAUGCAAGCUGUUCCUGGCCAGCAGCAACUUCCCACCAGUGUUGCUCCCCAAAUGCUCCAGCAGUCGAUGCAGCAGAUGCCUUCACAAGCACCACAGUUGCUGCUUCAACAGCAGGCAGCUUUGCAGUCUAGUUAUCAAUCUUCACAGCAGGCGAUUUAUCAGCUUCAGCAACAGCUACAACUAAUGCAGCAGCAGUCUAACCUAAAUCAGCAACCCUCUGCACAGGUUCCUAAACAGCAGUCUGGGCAGCCAGUGCAAUCCAGUAACCCUGGUGCUCCGGGUGCCAUUGUUCCGAUAAACAUUAACGCAACUCCGCAGCAGGUUGGUUCACCUGCAGUUUCUUUAACCUGUAACUGGACAGAGCAUACCUCCCCUGAAGGUUUUAAGUACUACUACAAUAGCAUUACUCGAGAGAGUAAGUGGGAGAAGCCUGAAGAGUAUGUGCUGUAUGAGCAGCAGCAGAAACUGCUUUUGCUUCAACAGCACCAACAAAAGAUUGCUGUACAGCAACUGCAGUCACCGCCACAGGGUCAAUCACUUACAUCCAUGCAACCGAUUCAACAGCUUCCCCAGGCACAAGGACAAACACAAAUGCAUAUGAAACAGCAGGAAUUAAAUUAUUCCCAAUUUCAGGCAGCUGGUUCCAUUGAUCCCAACAGGAUUCAACAGCUGGGCAAGAACGUGCUUGGAAAAGUUAAAGCUGCAGGUCGCAAUAAUAAAGCACUAGUCAAGACUCAGGAAGUGAACAAAGCCCUUGUGAUUACCAACUGUAGGAGCAGCUUUUGUCUAGUGCCUCCACAGCCUGUCGCCCAUGCCGAUCAGUGUAACAUCGGAUUUAGAUUAGACUGA